AUGGAAUCUUCUGAAGAGACCGGCUGCCAGGCCCGGGAGGGACCGAUCCUCUGCAUCAACAACUGCGGCUUUUUCGGGAGUGCGGCCACCAUGAACAUGUGCUCCAAGUGCCACAAAGAUUCGAUACUCAAACAGCACCAGACCAAAAUUGCCCAAACAUCCAUAGACACCAUCCUGAACGGCGGCUCGACAAACCAAAAGGAGCCCUUCAUUGCAGAAUCUCCCAAUCUUCAAAAGCCCGAAUUAAAAACUGAAAUGGGUCAACCUUCAUCCGGUCUGGCUUUGGGUGAGAAUCUUGAGGUGAAGGCAAAGGAGGGACCCAACAGGUGUGCCAGCUGUCGCAAGCGUGUGGGUCUGACCGGGUUUGACUGCAAGUGUGGGUCCCUCUUCUGCUCGGCCCACCGUUAUGCAGAUAAGCACGAGUGCCCGUUUGACUAUCGGGCUGCGGGCCGUGAUGCAAUAGCAAAGGCGAACCCGAUUAUUAAAGCCGACAAGCUCGAUAAGAUUUAG